UUUUAUGUUGAAGUUGACCGUGUGCAGUGGAGAACAUGGCACUUCCGCUCGCGAGCUGAUUUUAAUGGCCUGUGUGUUGCUGCUGAGUGAGAGAAUGGAGUGAAUGAGGGAGGGAGGGACGGACGGACGGAUCGUAUCCUUCUGGAUCUCGUUACGAUGCUUCAAUCAGCGGAACCUUCGUCCUCCUGCUCUACGCUGCUUCCAUUCGACACUUAAACACGCUGCAAGUCCUCUCUGUGCCGCUGUCCAAUGAAAACCACUGCACUGACACACAGAGCUGGUGCCCCCUUCAGCUGAGGCCUCCUGCAGCAAAUUGAAUCCACAUUUCAGUCCUUUGAUGCAUGUGUCACAAGUCCACGAUUGCUGAUCUGAACCAGAGCUCUAUUGAAUCCUCCCAUGCUGUUGUGCCAGGCGAUGACUGUGAUGCAGCUAUGCAUGUUCCUUGGAGGAUUUUGACUCUAACCUUCACCUGGUGACAGGACCUUGGACGUGUGAUUUGUCACCACUUUACUGCGUCAGUCCCUGUAAACCCUUUACUACAGUCAGUCAUGACUGACGCCGCUGACUAACACAAACGUAGCACUGGUAGGGAGUACUCCCCCUUUUUUUCUUCUUUUUCUUUUUUACUUCCAUUAGAAGACUGCUGUGUUAAGUGUAAGAAUGACAAACUGAGUCGGGAGAGAAAUUGAAAAGCGAGUUAAACUGAAGGGGCUGAAGUGCUUGUGUCGGUGACAGAAACCUAGAGCCAUCCUGUGAGUAGGUUGGCAGCAAGUGAGGCAGCCAGGUCCUGAGGAUGACUAGCCUCUUCAGGCGCAGCAGCAGUAAUGGAGGCUCCAGAAACGGCAGCAGUGGCAGCGGAGGAGGGAGUGGACAGGGGCAGCUUAAUAACAGCAGACCCAACCGUCAGGUCCGACGCCUGGAGUUCAACCAGGCCAUGGAGGACUUCAAGACCAUGUUCCCCUCUAUGGACUAUGAGGUGAUCGAGUGCGUGCUACGCUCCAACAACGGCGCUGUGGAUGCCACCAUCGACCAGCUCCUCCAGAUGAGCAUUGACGGACAGGGCUCAGAUGACAGCUCAGAUUCAGAUGACAGCAUACCACCAGAGAUUCUGGAACGGACAUUGGAACCAGACAGUUCAGAUGAGGAACCACCACCAGUCUACUCGCCACCAACGUAUGACAUGCACAUUUAUGACAGGAAAUACCCAGAAACCCCACCAACGCCCCCACCAAGAUUUGAAGUCCAGCCACCUCCUGGUCACCAGCAGGUCAGAAGCUACAGGAACUGGAAUCCUCCCAUGCUUGGAAAUCUCCCUGAUGAUUUUCUGCGGAUUCUUCCUCAGCAGUUAAACAGUACAACGAGCUCUCAGAGCAGUCUCUCCCAGCCUUCGUCCUCCUCUUCUUCCUCAGUCUCCUCCAUAAGCCAGUGGACAGGCCAGCCUUGUUCUCGAUCUGGAUCUGCAGGGACCUCUGGAGGUUCUGGCUCGGCAACAGGAGGCACGGAGCAAGACAAGAAACUGAAGCAGUACCUGGAGGACGAGCGCAUCGCCCUGUUCCUCCAGAAUGAGGAGUUUAUGAAGGAGCUGCAGCGCAACCGCGAGUUCCUCAUCGCCUUAGAGAGAGAUCGCUUGAAGUAUGAAUCAAAGAAAUCAAAGUCCAGUCAUUCAUCUAGCAUGGAGAGUUCCACAGGAGAGCAGUGCUCUGCAGCUUCUAUGGAGGCCAUCUCAGACGACGCCCUGUUCAGAGACAAACUCAAACACAUGGGCAAAUCAACGAGGAAGAAACUCUUUGAAAUUGCCAGGACGUUCUCAGAAAAGACAAAGAGGAGAAAGACGAAAAGGAGGAUGCUCCUGAAACACCAGUCGUUGGGCACAGCCAACUCUACAGCCAAUCUCCUGGAUGAUGUGGAGGCAAACCCCUGUGAGGAAGGCGGUCAGACGAGGAGAGCAAACACUCAGGAAGAGAAUGAACAACGUAAAGAGCCAAUAUCAUGAUCCCUUCCCCGCUGCGCCAUAUCAGGGUUACCAUGGUGAAGGCAGCGUGACCCAUGGGUGGUGGCCUUGCAACUGUUUCCACCUUUAUCUAAACCAGCCAAUAUCGGGCUCAGCAGUGAGUUGAGCCCCUCCUCCUCCUCCGCCUCCUGGGUGGUUCCCUUCACUGGGCUGACUGUCUUUAACUGUCCUAUCUGUAUUAUAGUACUUUGAUAUUUACUUUUAGCUGUAGAGGAGAAAUGCAUUAGUUUGACCAGUAUGUGUUUAACUCACGGAGAGGAACACUAGCAUAUCGUCAUGAUCCUGCCAUGUGAGCGUUUGUUACUGAUCCAGCGGUGUCCAGUAGCAGACUGUGUUUGUGAGCUGCCUCCCUCAGGCUGGGCAUGUGCACACAUUCCCCUUUUUAUAUAUAUACACUAAACCAUGUAGCGCUUUAUUGUUUUUAUUAUUAUUUUAACCAUGUUUUCUUACGCAGUUUGUAAAGUGUUUGCGUCUCUGAACGUCAGAGUUUAUGUCAGUGUCACAACACAGCGGCCGUUCACGUCGUCGCCACUCGUCCGUGGCCAUGUGAUCGGAUGUAAAAGGACAGUUGAGUUUGGUUUGACGGUUAAAAGUGGAAACGAUGUGAAUCAGUUUAGUGUCUGUGAUGAGCUGUGACGUGGGCUCAUGAAACACGGACGACACAACAUAAACACAUGCAUGUGUCCUUUUCAGAAACCGCAUAAAUCCAGAGAAGCUGGUGUUUAUACUGGAAGUCGUGCGUCGUCUACCGUUCACAUUAGAACGUGAAUACAUUUCCCACUGGAACCCAACAGGUCACAGUGGCUUUAGACUUGGGCUGGGUGAUGUUGCUAGAAAUAUAGUCAUGUAUGUGUGUAUGUAUGUAUGUAUGUGUAUAUAUA